AGCCGGGUCCUGCGGGACUGGAGUUCCCCUGCGCCGCUCCUCCCGCGUCCAAGAGGUUCCGCGCAGAUCCCGAGGACCGGGACCCGCGGGCGGGCGGGUGUGGCUGCUCUCCCUGCCGCCUCGGAUGACGGGGAUCCAGGGAACACGUCCCCGGAUCUGGUGGGUGCGUGUGCAGGGGCCAGGGGACUCAAACCUGGGUCCUCACGAAUGGUAACGUGCACUCAGCCUGCUGUGCCACGGCCUGCCCUGCACCCCUGCUCGUUUCUUUUUUCAGUGUGAUCCACUGCAAUGAAUGACCACAGGCCUUGCAUGAUGCUCGCCAUGGUCUCCAUGCUGCUUUUCCUGCUGCACCUGAGCGUCUUCGCCAACGACGUGUACAACUUCUGCAUCACCUUCCACUACGACCGCAUGAGCUUCCGCUUCACCUCCAUCCUCAUAUUCUCCCAGGUGAUCAGCAUGUGCUGGGCCGCCAUGGGGUCCAUCUACGCAGAGAUGUCAGAUGACAAGUUCCUGCGAUGCUUUGCCCUGACCAUCCUGAUGCUCAAUGCAUCCAUGUUCUUCAACCGCCUGUCCCUGGAGUUCCUGGCCAUCCAUUACCGGGAGGAGAAGCACUGAGGCCCGGAGAGCAGGCUGAGUGGGGAAGGAUGAGGCAGCUUUGGCGCUGGAAUAAAGUCUCUUGUUUAUUUCCA